AUGACUCGAAUCGUCAGCACUCGCAGACCUUCAACAGUGCAACCCGUCAACUAUGCUGCAUGGAUCCCUUUAGAAACGGCAGGAUUAGUAGUUGGAACGGCAGCAUACCCAUCAAAACUCUCAGGGGACGAGAUCGUCAUCAAGAACCACGCGGUGGCGGUGAACCCAGUGGACUGGAAGAUCCAGGCGUCUGGUGGCUUCGGGCUGGAGUAUCCGGCCAUCCUGGGCGAGGACGUGGCAGGGGAGGUCAUCGAGGUCGGAGCUGGCGUCAAGGCAGCUACAGGGCUUGACUUGAAGCCAGGAGAUCGAGUGAUCACACACGCGCUGGGCAUCGGUACGGGCAACCCACAGUACGGAGGCUUCCAGCUGUACCCGCGACUGAAGGCUGUGACGGUCGCUAAGAUACCUGAUGACAUCCCUUUCUGGAGCGCCGUUGUCCUGCCGUUGAGUAUUUCCACCGCGGCCGCUGGGCUCUACCUCAAGGCCAACUUGGGCCUGAAGUUCCCCAAUAACCAUGUCGAUGGUUCGGAAAACGAGCAGGAAAGAGGAGUGUUCGGCAACGACCGCAAUGAUGAAUAUCAACAUCAGGAACAAGCACAGUCACCGCGCGAAGAACACCACAAGAGAAACCGUGACACGCUGCUGCUAUGGGGCGGAUCAUCAUCGGUGGGCAGCUCGGUGAUACAAUUAGCAGUGGCAUCGGGGUACCGGGUGAUCGCGACGGCAUCACCAUCGAACUACGACUACGUGAAAUCGUUGGGCGCGAGCCUGGUCCUUGACUACCACAACCCGGACAUUGAGAGCAUCUUGAUCAGUGUGCUGCAGUCACAGCGCGCUGGGAAACUGGUGGGCGCGUAUGACGCGAUCGGGAGCGAUGCAACAGCGCGGGCGAGCGCGCGGGUCGUGCACGCCAUCGGGGGCGGGCGGGUCGCCAGCGUGGUGUCGGCGCCAGCGGACGACGACGUGCCCAGAGACGUGGAGAUCACGCGCAUCGGGAGUGGCAAUAUCGUCUCGCAGGAGGAUGGCCUCGUCGCCCGCAAGAUCUGGGGUGAGUGGGUUCCGAAGGCGCUGGCGAACGGCGCCCUCAGGCCGAAGCCGGACGAGCUUGUCGUCGGCAGAGGCUUGUACUAUGUCCAGGCUGGUCUCGAUCGGCAGAGGGAGGGUGUCAGUGCGAGGAAAGUGGUCGUCACACUUUAA